UUUCUUGUAGUGCGUUUCCUAAAUAAAUUAUGUAGCAUAUAGUAUACACAUAAUUUGUUCAAAAUUACAAAUCAUUUGUUGAGAAUGAUUUGAUCUAUAAUCUAUUAGAAAAAAUAGCGUGUUAAGGAAACACAUGCCGUGUAAGUUAUACGAUAAUAGCAUGUUGUAAUUAUUUUUUGGAGGGUCAACUGAUAACAUGUUAUUGAGUUCACAUUAGUAUAAUGCCAUUUUAAAACGGGUUACAUAAACGUUCUUGUUUUAAACUCCAAACUAUUAAUUGGUGGGAGAAAAAUUCUAAUAAGAAACUUCGUCAACCCUCAUGGCCUCAUCAACCAUAUAUAUUUUAAUAAUUAAAAGUUACCUGGCUGAGUGAGAUGUUUUAUUGCAAGCUAAAACAAUUUUAAAAGAAAAAGUACGUAUCGAAAACUUUCAUGCAACAUUUGAAGAGUUAAUGUUUCACCAAUCCAUGCAUAAUCUCAUAUUUCAUAUUCUAAAGUUCGUUGAACGUUUACUGCAGCGUCACCACUCCAAAAAUGAAAUAUACAAACUUAUUAUCAUUACAGAUCGCUCUCGUUGCUGGAAAGUUUUCGUUAUGAUUUAUGAAAUAUGUCUUAUUGGUUCGACCAGUAAAAGUGUCUGGCGGGUAAACUGAGUUCGAUCGUCAUCGAAAGUUCAAUUUCCACUCAGAUUUUUUCUUAACUAUUUGGUGUAGGGCCACUACAAAACAAUUGUAUAUACGUAUAGCGUAUGCUUUCACAAUUAUUGAAGAAAGAAAGAAAGAAAGAAAGAAAGAAAGAAAGAAAGAAAGAAAGAAGAAGAAAGUCCCAUAUGAAUGAAAUAAACAUAUAGCAAAGUCUCAAAAUUUGGUGUCACGCUUAUAACGAUUGUAUAAUUUUAGUUUAUUGUAGAGAAGAAAAAUGAAAAAUAAAAAAGAAUAAAAUCUGGAAAAAUCCGAUAGAGACGGAGACGCCAUGAUCCAUGAGAGUAGAAGUGAAACGUGGGACCUGACUCAAUUUAUAUCACAGUCACAUUUCUAUAAAUAGGAGAGACAUGCAUGAAGGUAUGGAGUCACAGCUGCUCCACACUAAGUUUAGAGACUUUGAAAAAGUAUUGACGACUAGUGGGUGAGAGACAUCUUCUCUACUUAAGUCUUUCUUACUAAUCAAGUGGCCGCAACAAGCUUAUUUAAUCAAGCUCAAGUUGGAAUCAGAAACAAGAACAUCCUUCUUCAUUUACACAGUACUCGUUUUCUGUCAUGAAUCAUGAAGUGGAUGGUCCAUAACCUAGACCAUACAAGUUCAAGACUAGAGUUCAUUGGGGGUUUACAUUCACCCACAUGGAAGACCCAUUCAAACUUAGUCUUUAUGAGUUUGACCAUGUCAUUAUGUAAAGUAUCUUUGUAAUCAAUUCUCCCUUUGACUCCACCUUGUAUGAACCACUAUAUAUAGUGGUGUAAGCAAUAAGAAAUAUACAACACAUUCUCACAAAUCUUCUCUCAAAUCUUAACAUGUUAUCAGCACGAGACUCUCUCCACCUGAGCAAUCCCAUCCGCCGGCCAUCUCUUCCGGCCCUCAGCCUUGCUCCGCCGGCCAAGUCUGUCCCUCUCACGGUUUUCCGGCCAGCUCCUCCACCUCUCUCUCAACCAGCUCAUCCGCGGAUUAGCUCUCUCUCACGGUGGUCCAUUCAGAUCAAUUUGGUGUUUUCUAAAAGGGCUUUUAAGAUGGUGACAAGAAGUGUGGAUCUACGAUCAGACACCGUGACAAGACCCACUGAUGCUAUGCGCGAAGCAAUGGCUAGUGCAGAAGUGGACGAUGACAUCCUUGGCUACGACCCAACAGCUCGACAUCUUGAAGAGGAGAUGGCUAAGAUGAUGGGUAAAGAGGCAGCUCUCUUCGUGCCAUCCGGCACAAUGGGGAAUCUAAUAUGCGUUAUGGUUCACUGCGAAGUGAGAGGCAGCGAGGUGAUUCUUGGAGACAACUCCCACAUCCAUGUUUACGAGAAUGGAGGGAUAUCAACAAUAGGAGGCGUGCAUCCCAAGACAGUCAAGAAUGAAGAAGACGGGACGAUGGAGUUGGGGGCUAUAGAAGCAGCUAUUAGAGACCCUAAAGGAAGCACGUUUUAUCCAUCUACAAUGUUGAUUUGCUUGGAGAACACACACGCCAACUCUGGUGGGAGAUGUUUGAGCGCUGAAUACACAGAUAGUGUUGGAAAGAUUGCGAAGAGACAUGGACUGAAGCUUCAUAUCGAUGGAGCUCGCCUCUUUAAUGCUUCCAUUGCACUUGGAGUUCCAGUCCAUAGGCUUGUAGAGGCUGCUGACUCUGUUUCGGUACCGUCUUCUCUCUUUCUAACAUCUGAAAAAAAAGUUUAGAUAAAAGAUAACUGA